GUUUUUCUGGUUAGCUCUUGCACCACUGUAAAGGGGAAGUCCAUCAGAAGAUGCAUCACAGGUGCCAGGAAAAGAACAAGACAGGACCACACCUUGAAUCCCAAAGCUAUAUUUCAAUAAAGAACGGUGGCCUGCCAAAAGGCACACCCAGGCUCCUGACACAUUUAAGAUGCAAAUUCUCCAAUUGUGAUGAGUCACUAUAAAACUUUGUGGAAGUUCCAGAACAGAAGAGAAAAGCAAGAAUCCACAGUCCAAGUCACAUUGGCAAAGGAUAUAAUAUAACUCAAACAAGAUGUCUUGGGACCAGGAAGUGGCUGCUUUAUUUUCUGACAAGAGUCGAGAGUCAGAUCCAGGGGAUUAUGAGCUUCAAACCGCCAAGUUAAGGACACCCUGGUUGUUCAGGAUUUGGGAUAUUAGCCAGAAGUUCCUUUUCCUGAUGGGCAACAUGCUACUAGCAAAAUUUCAAAAUGCUAAUAUGCCAGAUCACUUAAUAUCUGUGCUCCCUAACACUGCCCUCGAUCCCAAAAAGAAGCCCAUCUUUAUGGGGCUGAGUGAUAAAAACCACAGUUUCUGCUGUGUGAAGUCUGGUGAGGGUCAGCCACAGCUGCAGAUAGUGGAGAGAAGCAUUCUGCAACUUUACCAAGAAAAAAAGGAACUGAAGCCCUUUACUUUCUACAGCAAGGCCGACGGGGGCCCAGAGACUUGCUCUUUUGAAUCUGCAGAAUUCCCCAAUUGGUUCAUAAGCACUUCUUCAGAGCCAAACAGACCUAUUGGGUUGAGUCCAAAGGAAAGUGCUGAGAACACCCUGUUUUUUUUCGAACGAAAGGAUAGCUACUUUAUGAUGUAGGUCAAUGAUGGGCAACCUUUUGCGCUUGGUGUGUCAAAAUUCACCAAAAAACCUAGCAUGACUUGGGUGGUGUGUCACUUCGAGAAAAGAACCAUAAUUUCACAAUAUGUAUAGUUUAAAUAACAAAAAUAUAUAAUUGUAAUAUAUGUAUUCAAUAAAUCAAAAACUAUUUACUACCAUUAUUUCCAUGUACAACAAUCUAUGGUACCUCUUGCAGUUUCUAUGCUGAUUAUUCUAGUUUCAAUGUAGCCAUGAAUAAUGAAUAAUAUAAUAAUAAUACAAUAAUAGUAAUAAUAUGAUAAUAUACUACAAUAAUAAUAGAAUAAUAAUAGAAUAUAUAUAUACACACACACACACAUACAUACAUACACAGAGUAGAGUCUCACUUAUCCAACCUAAACGGGCCGGCAGAAGCUUGGAUAAGCGAAUAUCUUGGAUAAUAACGAGGGAUUAAGGAAAAGCCUAUUAAACAUCAAAUUAGGUUAUGAUUUUACAAAUUAAGCACCAAAACUUCAUGUCAUACAACAAAUUUGACAGAAAAAGUAGUUCAAUACGCAGUAAUGUUAUGUUGUAAUUACGAAUUUAGCACCAAAAUAUCAUGAUAUAUUGAAAACAUUGACUACAAAAUGGCUUGGAUUAUCCAGAGGCUUGGAUAAGUGAGGCUUGGAUAAGUGAGAUUCUACUGUGUGUGUGUAUGUAUGUAUGUGUGUGUGUGUGUGUGUGUGUAUAUAUAUAUAUAUAUAUAUUGCAUAAUUCCCACGGAGUAAACAACAAAAACCACUGGACCAAAUCACCAAAUUUGGCCACAAAAGACACAGUCAUCCAAUCAAUCUGCAUGCGGCAGCGUGUCAGCAAAAAUGGCUA